AUGGCGGAUUCAUCGCGGGUCCAGUGUUUUCGUUGUGGUGGUUUCGGUCACUUCUCCCGAAACUGCGUCUGGCCCGGUUUCGGCGGCAGGGGCGGUGCUGGUGGCGGACUACCCCGCAGUCUUCCCCCAGCCGCGCACGCCGCCGCGGUAGGCGACCGCAACGCGCGCGCCCUCUGCGCUGCGUGCGGGCACUUCGGGCACACAGAGGCCAAGUGCGGGCGCGACCUCCCCAUGGGUCCCCUCCCGCCGCACCCCAUGGGUCCCCACUUCCCCCACCCCGACCUCCACCGCCCUUUCGAUCCGCGUUUCCCUGGCGGAGCCAUGCCGCGCUGGCCGCGAAUUCCGGGAUUGGACGACGAUCCACGUAGGCUGUACCCCAGGGGCCCUGCUGGUUGGCGCGGGCCUCCUCCUAGAGAUGACACGUGGCGACCCGCGCGGCGGGAUAUACCCGGGAGGGGGGACUAUGGCGCGGAUGCGGGGGAGCGGGAGGAUAGGCGCGGUCCAGGGUGGUUGGAAGAGGCUGAAAGGGGUUUCGCUAGGUCCAGAAUGGAGGCUGGGGAGAUUCGCGACGAGGAGGCGGGGGAGAGAGCAGGGAGGGGGGGCGACGAGCGAUGCAAUGGUGGGCAAUUUCCCCGGAGGCUAGCGGGAGGCCUUCCCCCUGGGCCGUUGGAGGGGGGGAGCAGCGAAUUCAGGCAGCCGCGCAGCAGAGAGCGCAGGGACGGGGAUGGCGGAGGGAUGGGGGAGUUUGCGGGUGCGUAUGAUGUGAGGCUGGGGCAUGGGCGCGGCGGGGGAUUUCCGCAUUCUGGUGGCGCAUGGGCGGAGGAUUUUGUUCCGCUAGGGUGGGGGGAUGGGUGGGGCGGGGAGAGCUCGGGGGUGUGGCAUGGCGCGCUGGAUGCGGGCGCGGGCGGCGCUGGUGGCGGGCCUGGCUGGGGCGCUGGCGCGGAUAGGGAGGUGCGCGGGGAUGUUCGGGGGGAAGGGCGUGGGGAGUUUUCUGGUAGGCGGGGGGAGCGGGGGAGCUAUGGGGGAGCUGAGGACCCUGGGGAGGGCUGGUCGCGGCUCCGGAGGGGGGAGAUGGUGGUAGAUGAGCGGGAGGGGCGGGAAGGAAGGGCUUAUAACGGGUAUGAAGAGUGGGAGGGUGUGGAGGGAGAAGGAAGGAGGGGGUGGGGGAGGAGAGGGGUGGAGGGGCAGAGAGAGGAGGUUGAGAAGGGCGAGGUAAGGGAGAGAGGGGAUCAAGCGGAUGAAGGGGAAGUGGGGGUGGAUGAGAGAGAGGAGGGGGAGGAUGUGGAAGAGGGAUGCGUAGAGGGGUCCGUAGAGGGACGAACGGAGGGAAGAAUGGAGGGAAGAAUGGAGGGGAGGGAGAGGCCAUUAUCUUUGUCGCCUAAGAGACGAGCCUCUAAGAGUCCUCUUGAGAAUGGGCCUGGAUUGAGCGAGCAUGGUAGUGAGGCGAGGAAGGAGAGAGAAAAGGGAAGGGGAAAGACGAGAGAGAGCGAGAGGAGGACGAAGGAGGUGGAUAAAGAGAAAGAGAAGGAGAAGGAGAAUAAGAGGGGGAAGGAGAAGGAAAAGGAGAGGGAUAGGGAGAAGGUUAGGGAGAAGGGGAAGGAAAGAGAGAAGGAGAAGGGGAAGGAGAAGGAGAAGGAGGAGAAGGAGAAGGAGAAGGAGAAGGAGAAGGAGAGGGUGAAGGAAGGGGACAGAGUGAAGGAUAAAGAGAGGGUGAAGGAGCGAGAAAAAGUGCGGGAGAAGGGGAGAGGUAGGGAAGCCAAUGCAGCCACUGCUGCUACCGUUCCAGAGCUAGACAAGGAGCGGGCGAGUAGCAAAGUAGAUGCUGAAAGGCCGCAAGAGGAGAAAGCAGAGAGCUUGAAGGACGAAUCGGGGGCGUCGCGACCUAGGAAGGAGGAUACGGCAGUGGGAGAUCUAGUGGCAAUGACUAUUGAGAAGGUGGAUCGUGGUCCUGUGUUGAAGCAACAUGUGGAUGAGCAGGAGGCUGGCGGUGGAAAGGCUGCUUUGGAGUUGACACACAAGUCACCAGAGGAGAGGGUUGGUGAGAAGGCAGCUAUGGAGAGGGCUGCGAGUGAGGUGGUAGUUAGGGAUACGAUGACUGCUAGUGACACGGGUGCUAGGGAGACGGGUUCAAGUGAGGGAGUAGGUAGGGAAGAAGUUAGUGAAACGAAGGCUAGGGAUAAGACUAGUGAGGCAGUAGAAGGCAGGGAACAGGUUAAGGGUGAGAAGGUGACUGAAGCCUGUCUAAUUGUACAACGUGAAUCAUCACCUGUGCCGUCGAGUCGACCUCCAGGUGAUUCUUCAGGUGGUAGUUCACCCAAAUUACCUGCUAGGCUUGCUUCUGGCAGUGCUGCCUCCGAGCCUGCCACCAUACCAGCGGCCAGCAUCCCCAAACCUGAGGGAGCUUCCGAGCCUGCCACCGUGUCUGACACCACAGCUUCCGAUAUGGAGGCGCGGGCUUCCAAGGCUGCUGCUGGCGCCGAGCCUGCUGCGGCCGAGCCUGCACUUGCGGAUAGGGUUUCAUUGCAGCUCUGCCCCUCGUUCUCCCGCCCGUUUGGUGGGUUUGGAGAAGUGGGGGGUACAGACGGGCCGUGGUGGCCUCCCAAUGCUGGGAGAGAGCCUUUAAGUAAGGAGCAAGCAAGUAAAGAGCAAGUGAGUGAAGAGCAAGGGGAACCGGUUGGGGGUAGUGGCCUGGGGGAAGGAGCUCCUGCUAGAGUAGAGGGGGAAGGUGGUGCGGUUGGAGGUGAAGGAGAGGGCGUGACAGGUGGAGAUGCAGGGGAGCGCGAUGUGGGUAGAAAUGAGAGAGGAGAGGGACAGGUGGAUGCUGGUGGGGAUAAAGGGGGGAAGCAGCUGGGUGAUGCAGGGGCUGUGGCACAGGCAGAGGAGGGUACAGCAGGGGCGAAUUUGGGUGCAGAAGGGGCGGAGGGAGGGGAAAAAGCGGCUGGAAGGAGUUUAGAUCCUUGUAGAGGCGAUUGCAGGGAGCUUGAGGCACAGAGGCGUGAGGCUGGAGGAGUUGAGGAUGGGAGUGAUCAGGCUGGGUGCAACAGAGGGGUGAGUGAACGGAGGCUGGUGGUGGGAGGUCCCGUUGAUGGGAUGCAAUCGGAGGAAGAAGUGCAAGGGAGGGCAGGUAUAGAGACAGGGAGGGAAAGGGGUGAGGAAGUGAGGCUUGCAGAAGGUUCGGUGAAAGGAAGGCAAGGGGGAGAAGAAGAUCAGGCGCGGAGGGAUGCUGCUUCUUCUUCUGCUGCUGCUUGUACUGCUUCUGGUGCUGUUGCUGUUGCUGCUGCGGCGACUGCUGUUGCUGUUUCUGCUGAAGGUGUCGAGAGGAAUGAAGUGGAGUGUAGGGAGGCGGAGAAGGAUGGUGGCUCAGGUGCUGCUGCUGACGCUACUGUUGCUGAGGUGGCAGGUGCUGUUGCAGCAGGAGCCACGGUUGUGACUGAUUCUGAGGUGGCAGGUGCUGAGGCGGCAUGUCUGGAGGUGGCAUCUGUUGAGGUGGCAGGUGCUGAGGUGGUUACUGCGGAGUUGCAGAGUGUGGAUGAGAGGGUGGAGAGGUUGAUGCAAGGCGUGGUGCUCGUGGCUGGGAAAGAGAAGGACAUCAUUUUUGAGCUGCUGAGUGCAGCAGCAACGUUGGUGGAGGAGCAGUUGGAGAAGGAACUGGGAAUCCUGUGCGAACCUGUCGCUGGUACUGUCUCUCCCUUUAAGCGUAUGGUGCUCCACUUGCAAGCACUAGUCUCUCCCUUCAAGCGUAUGGCGUCCACCAGGCGAGGCUCGUCCCUCUCCCUGCAAGCAGCAGGCUCCUCUGUUUCGCUGCAGGGCGCGAGGGAGUCAGGGGUUGACAUGGCUGCUGCUGCUGCGGAGCUGGUAAUGCGGAAUGCGCUCUUGGUUCAGCAGUUUGGCCUGGCGAUCCUGGGAGAAGUCGAACCGAAGCUGGAGUUAGCUUCUCAGGGUGAGGGUGCUGAAGAGAAGUUGGGGAGAGAGAGGCAUGCUGGGACGGUGGAGAGCGGUGCUGUGGUUCAAGGGGAGGUACCAGGGUCAGCAGCUACAGGAGCAGCAGCAGCAGAGGCAGGAGCAGGCACACGAGAAGCAGGAGGAGCAGGAGAAGAAGGAAAAGGGGCAGGAGAAGCAGGGGCUGCUGUUGGGGCUGUGCGCGAAAGAAAUGGGGGAGGAGGAGAGGCGAAUGGGGUGGGGCGAGAGGGAGAGAAGGGCAAACCCAGGGAGGUGGAUGGUGGUGCCGACUUUGGUCGCAUUUUCAACCUGCUGACGGCUCAACUGGAGCAGCAGCACAUGCAUUCGCUACAGCAAGACUUGUUAGUGGAAAAGGACUCGAAACACGAGGGAACGUGCAUGGAGGAAGCAUUUUCAGAUGCGCAGGGAGAGCUAGGAGCGGAGGGAGGGCAGGGCGGGAGCAGCUCAGUUGCUGUCCCGAGGUUUGUUCCUUUCGCUCUGAACGUUUCUCCCUUGGGGGAGGCGAGUGGAGACGAGAAGGAGGGCGAAACUGAGAGUGAGAGUGAGAGUGAGAGGAGUGAUGGUGGUGAGCUUGGUGGGUCGGCCCAGGCUGCUCUCAGGGAGGCUGGGGCAAUGGCAGAAGAGGAAAGGAGAGGAAUGGAGUUGCGGACUGAGGCAGGAACUGAAGUGCGGGUUGGUGAAGCUGAGAGCAAUGGACUGUCUGGCGUGGGAGCUGGAGGGAAGCUUGGCAGUGGCGGUGGUGGUGGUGAUGGUGGGUCUGACCUACAGACCCAUAGCUCUAUGGAGGUUGACGGUGGUGCUGCUGCUCGAAAGGAUCCUGCCAGAGACGGAGAGAAGAAUGCCGGGAAGGUUUGUGCUGGUAGGGAUGGGGGAGUGGGGUUUGGAGAAGGCGAGGAGAGGGAGGAGCGAGGGAAGGAGACCGAGGAGGGAGGAAAGGGCGAGGAGCAGGAGAGAGAGGGAGGAAUGGGGGGUAAGGAGUCAGGGGAGGAUAGGUUUGGUGGAGAGAAGGAGAAUCUGGUUAAGAUGCAGGCAAGAGAAGAGAGGGAGGGGAGGAGGGAAGAUGGGGUAGCUGUUGAUGGAGAGAGCACGGUGGUGUCAAUCGAAGGGGUGCGUGCAGCUGUUGCUGCUGCAGUGGAACCAGUUAGUGGCAUGCAAGCAGCAAGUGUAGGGUUACCAGCAGCUACAAUGACGCCUGCUGCGCCUCUGAAUGCUGUGUCUGAUGCUCGCGUUUCUUCUAACUCUGAGCCUGCUGCUGAAGUGAAAGGCAAAGCACCAGGUUCUUCAGAAGCUUUGCAGCAGGAGAAGGGAGCUGUUGUUGCUACUGCUGCUACUGCAAGAGCAGCUGAUGUGGGGAUCCCUGCCGCAGAAGCUUUACCAGCUGAAACUGUAUCUGCUGAGGCUGUAGCGGCCGAAGCUGGGGCUGUAGCAGGUGGAGUUGCAACUGCCAAGGCAGCACCCGCGGAGUCUGUUGCUGCCAAUGAAGCAGAUGCUAAGGCUGCUGCGUGUGCACAAGUGGUAUCUGCUGACCGUAUAGCUGCUGCUGCUGAUGGGGUGACUGGUUGGACAGAGAAAAACACAGAGGUAGGCGGAGAGAGGAAGCAGGGAGUAGGGGAUAGUGGUGAGGGAAGAAGUGAUUCAGUGGAUGGCAUUAGGGAGAGGAGAGGAGCUGAAGCGGGUACAGAAGAUGGAGAGGAGGAAGGGGCGAGUCUGGAAGGUGCUGCCUCUCGUUCUCAUGAUCUUCCACAGCUGCAGGUGGAGCAGCAGGAACAGCACGAGGAGGAGGCGGAGGAGGCGGAGGAGAAGGAGGAAGGGGAGGAGAAAGGGGAGGAGGACGGGGAGGAGGAAAAAGAGCAACAGAAGGACAAGCAGCAGCAGCAGCAGCGGUGGUUGCAGGUGCCAUCUGAUCUGUUUUGGAACCGCAAUGCAGCAAAGGCAGGUCCGGUACUUAGGUCUCUCUUCCCAGGCAUAUUCACCACUAAGGGGCGCUUACCUAAGCAACAUUUUCUCAAGGGAAACUGGUACUACCGGGACGGUAUGGGCAAGGAGCAGGGCGGGGUGUCAUUCACGCGCCUGCAAUGGAUGGUCAGUGCAGGGUUGCUGGUGGAAGGAACGAGUGUGUGGCGCAAAGAGGAUGACCUCUGGCUCCCUGUGGUGAAGCUCGCCCUGCUCACGCCCUACUUGUCACAGUUGCAGGACCCUGCGUUUGUUUUCGCCCUCGGGCUGAGAUUAGGGUUAGGGUUAGGGUUGGGUGUGGCCCCGCAGGUGCCUAUGGCUCGGGAUGGGUACCCCCUGGUGGUUCCGGGGUUGGAUGGGGCGGAAAAGGGGGUGGUGUUGCGUGGGCCAGUGUUUGCUGCUGGUGGAGGCAGGGAGGGAGUGGUGGAGGAGGAGGAUUGGGACCCUAGGUUGGACCGAGGGGUUACGGUGGAUGCAGGGAGGGGGAAACGCAGUUUGUUGGGGCAAAAGGAGGGGAGGGAUAGGGCUGAGAGGGGGGUGGUGUUGCGCGGGAGGGUGUUAGCUGCUGCUGGCGGCAGGGAGGGAGUGGUGGAGGAGGAGGAUUGGGACCCUAGGUUGGACCGAGGGGUUACAGUGGAAGCAGGGAGGGGGAAACGCAGUUUGGUGGGGCAAAAGGAGGGCAGGGAGGUGAGGGAAGGGAGGGAUGGGAGGGAGAAGAGUGGGGGCAGGGAGGGGGUAGAGAUGGAGGGGCGUUGGGAGGAUGUUGCUAGGGAGGGUGGCAGAGAGAUGGUCUUGGUGAGGAGUGCUGGGAGGGAGGAGCUCGUGGGUGAUGGGGGUCGAGGGGAUGGAGAUGGGGAUUCAGAGGAUGGGGAUGGGGAUGGGGUUGGAGAUGGGGUUGGUGAUGGGGUUGGGGAUGGGGUUGGUGAUGGGGUUGGGGAUGGGGUUGGGGUGGGGGAUGGGCUAGCGAUAUUGGUGCAGGCUGGGCUGCAGUCUGCCGCGUUAAGAGCUACUCCAGAACCAGAUAGUAGACUACAAUGUGGGAAACGUCUGAAUGAUAUGGGUAGGGGUUGCAAGGAUGAGGAGGUGGAGGAGGGGGAGGAAACGUGGGAGAGGAUUGGGUUGAUGGGGGAGAUGGAGGGGAAGGUGGGAGGUGAGGGAACGGGGGAGAGGAUUGGGGGGAUGGAGAGGGGGGUGGGAAGUGGGGAUUGUGAGAAGAUGGAAGGAGCAGAGGCGGAGGGGAUAGGGGAGGGGAUGAUGGAGGGAGUAGGGGAGGGGAUGGGGGAGGCGGAGCAAGGGGUGGGGCAUGGUCUGCUGUUUCUUGCAGCAGCAUGGGAGUCGGUAGGUGGGGAAGUGGGUAUGGGAGGGGAGAAGGGAGAGGGGCAGGAAGAGGAGAAAGCAGAGGAGCAGGCAGAGGGGCAGGCAGGCAAGAAGGCAGGGGAAGAGGCAGAGGAGAAAGAAGGGGAGAAGGGCGGGGAGAAGGGGCAGCAAGAAAGACCACUCGGGGAGGAAGGUUCUGUUUCUGACUGUGUCCAAGGACCAAGGGGUGCUGGCAGUGGUGGGUCAUCCUGUCCUCUAGUGGAGGGGGCUGCAGCAGCAAGGGGAAGAGGAAAAGAGGAUCUGACUAUGGGAAAUUUCAAAAAGGAGUCAGCUGGGAAGGGGGAGAAGGAGGCGGGUGAUAGCAGUGCUGUAGAUUUGGAUGCUGCCUCAGGGUUGUGUAUCGAAGGAAGGGUGGGUACGGGUGCAGGAGAGGGGCCGAUGGGUGGAGGUGCAGGCACUGUAACAGCAGCAACAGCAGCAGCAACAGCAGCAGCAGUAGCAGUAGCAGCAGCAGCAGCAGCAGGUGCUGGCACUGUAGCAUCAGCUGAUGGUGGAGCGAUGCUGGUAGGGGGUUCAACAGCAGGGGCUUUCUCAGGGUGUCUGCCCGAAGUGGGGCAGGAAAAAGAUUUUCUCGAGCUGCCACAGAAAAGUCUGGCUGAUGUGGGAAAGGAGAAGGAUUUUGUUGAAAUGCCGUUCAGCCGCUACUCCCGUCGCAGAACCAUGGGAGUUGUUAAAGCCCAUGUGCAUGCCAGUGCCCCUCUUGGCCCCUCCGUAGCCUCUCAUGUGAUCCCUAUAGCCUCUGUUCCAGCUCCCACUACUGAGGUCGUUGCCUCUGAUUUGUUUGGUGCAGCUAGCGCUAAGUCUUCAGGUUUUGGUGCUGCUGCUCCCUCCGUUACAGUCACAGCAACCGAGGGGAUACUAGGGAAUCGCAGCAAGACGGAGGGGGAGGAUGUGACUGAAAAGGAGGUGAUAACCCUCCUCUCCUCAGGCCUCGUUAGUCCAGACCCCAUUCGUGAGCCUGUUCUUUCUACGGGGCACUGUGGGGGGGAGGGUGGGGAAGAUACUACUGGUGAAGGUACAACUGGUGCAGGUGCAUGGGAGGGGAAGGCGGGGGAAGGAGAUCAGAGUGAGGGUGUGUGUUAUGGUGGAAGGAUGGAUGGGGGAAUGGGGGGCAGGAUGGAGAUGGAUGGGCAUGAGGCCUCAGGAUGGGGACGCAGGGGACAAAGAGAGGUGGGAAGCGGAGAGGAGGGGCACAGAGAGGAGGGGCAUGGAGAGAAGGAAGUGUGUCCGGACGAGCGGCAUGCAGAAGGGGAGCAGCAGUACGAAUCAAUACCACAUGAGUAUAAGCCGUGGUUAGGGCCAGGAGUUGGGUGGGCGGACAGUAGAGGGCUGUCAGAUGCAGAUGACUCACGUGUGGCCACUCCAGAGCUGGCAGGGGCAGCUGCGCUCACCACUCUUGAGGUUUUGCCUCAAAGGCCACACGAGUACAAGGCAUGGGCAGUGCCAGGAGGGUGGGGGGAUGGUAGGGGUUUGUCAGACGCAGAUGACUCACGUGUGGCUACUCCAGAGCUGGCAGGGGCAGCUGCUCUCACCAUGCUGCUUCCCUCCGCUGAGAUGUUUGAGCUGACUCACAACAGGUCACCGCUGACUCACAACAGGUCACCGCUGACGCACAGCAGGUCACCGCUAACUCAGAACAGGUCACCACUGACUCAGAACAGGUCACCGCUGAGUCACAACAGGUCACCACUGAUUUACAAGUCACCAUUGACUCACAAAUCACCGUUCAUGGAGUCGAUUCACAAGUCACCGUUGGUUGACGCAGCUCACGAGUCACCAAUGGUGGAGUCGACUCACAAGUCACCUGCUGCUGUGGUCACUGUGCGGCUAGCAGCAGAGCAGGGAGAGGCAGGUAAGGUGGGAGCUCGCAAGGCAAAAGGAGAGCCCGCAGAGUUGAGAGCGGGAGGAGGAGGAGAGGCAGGAGAGGGAGGAGAUGAAGGGGAAGCUGCGUGCAUUGGUGAAUUCAAGGCUGGCGGUGCCUCACUUGCUACGGCUGCGACUGCUGCGCGUGCUGAUGGUGACGCUUCAGCUUCCGCCAGUGUUGGUGUUAACCCUACUUUGAAAGCGGACGUGGAAUCACAAGGCUUCCGGAAAGAUGCUGAAGGAUUGGCUGGGGCAGCUGGAGGAGAUGGGUUAGGAAUAGGGAAGGGGGAGACGAAGCAGGGUGGGCAGAAGCAAGGAGAGGAGAAGCGGGGAGAGACGAAGCAAGAGAAGGAGGAACAAGAGGAGGAAGGGGACAGAGAGUCAGGGGAACUGGGGGAGUUUGCGGUUUGUGGCACUGACGGCAGUGGUGCAGCUGAUGGUGCUGGCGGUUGUGGUGUGGGUGCUGGUGGUGUUGCCGGUGGUGGUGCGGGUGGUGGUGGUAAUGCCGGUGGCGGUGCUGGUGGUAAUGCUGGUGCUGGUGCUGGUGGUGGUGCUGGUCGUAAUGCUGGUGGUGGUGCUGGUCGUAAUGCUGGUGGUGGUGCUGGUCGUAAUGCUGGUGGUGGUGCUGGUCGUAAUGCUGGUGGUGCAGAUGGAAUGAGUGUACCGCGAGAGAAAAGCAGCGGGUCAGCCGCUGCCGCUGCUUCACGGGAUGGGGGAGGAGCAGCAGAGAAACAGGGGCGUAAGGCACAGGGGCGGAAGGCACAGGAACGGGAGGAAGCACAGGGGCGGAAGGCACAGGAACGGGAGGAAGCACAGGGGCGGAAGGCACAGGAACGGGAGGAAGCACAGGGGCGGAAGGCACAGGAACGGGAGGAAGCACAGGGGCGGAAGGCACAGGAACGGGAGGAAGCACAGGGGCGGAAGGCACAGGAACGGGAGGAAGCACAGGGGCGGAAGGCACAGGAACGGGAGGAAGCACAGGGGCGGAAGGCACAGGAACGGGAGGAAGCACAGGGGCGGAAGGCACAGGAACGGGAGGAAGCACAGGGGCGGAAGGCACAGGAACGGGAGGAAGCACAGGGGCGGAAGGCACAGGAACGGGAGGAAGCACAGGGGCGGAAGGCACAAGGACGGGAGGAGGCAGCACAGGGGCGAGGUAAGCAGCAGCAGCAGCGCAGCCCCAUCACCCACCGGAGCCCCCUCAUUCAACGCUUACAGCAGCAACACACGCAGUCCCCUAGAAGCAUGUCUCUGGAAUCCGGGGAGGUGUUACCUGGGGACACCAUAUCAGGAGGCGUAGACUCCCCUGUUUCUUGCGGCGCCAAACCCACAGUUCGGAAAGGGGCGAAAGAGGAAGAGGAAGGGGAGGAGGCAGAGGAAGGGGAGGAUGCAGAGGAGAUACCCCGUGACCGGGCCUGUGGGCGUAUUCGUGGCUCCUUGACUGCCCUAUCUGCCCCUCCUGACCCUCCUGGCGCGUCUGACCCUUCUGCUCCGUCUGCUCGGUCUACCCUGCCUGUUUCGGUUCGGAAGCCUGUGGAGGUAGGGUUUCCGUACCUGCAGUCGUCGUUCUGGGUGCUGCCUUCUGCUUCGGUGGGGCGGGAGGUGCUGCCUCUCAUUCUGCCUGCGCAGCUGGGAGGAGGGGCUGCGCUGGCAGUCACUCGAGCAGCAGCAGCAGAGGAGGAGGAGGAGCAGGAGAGGCAGGGAGGUUAUGAGGGGCAGAUGCGGCAGAGGCAGGGGGAGCAGCAGCAUGUAGCUGCGGCAGCGGGGAAAGAGUUGGCCUUUGCCGCUGUGUCGAGUCAUCCUGUGGAGGGGACAGCUUUGGCUGCUUUCCGAGCCAAGAUCGCCAAGGCUGCACUUGCCGAGGCUCUGGAUCGGUUCCUGGCCACUGGGAGCGCCGAGCUGCCUGGACCUGCUCCCGAACCUCUGCCACAGGGUCGGAGUGCAGGUGGGGCGCUAAUCGGUCAGGUACGGAGGCAGGAGGUAGAGGAUCGGGACGAAGUGGGGAGGAGGGACAAUAAGGUUGGAAGAAAGCGGGAGGAGGAGGGAGAUGUAGUGUUCAGGGAACGGCAAAAAAUGAAGAGCCAGCAGGAGUUGUAUAAAACGAAGGGUGGAGAGUCGAGGAAGAGACAGCGGGGGGCAGGAGAAGGGGCAGCAGGGGUAGGUGGGGCGGGUACGGCGGGUGGGGCAGGUGGAGCACUGAAAGGGCUUCCUGCAGUGAGAAGGAGGAGAUUCCUGAUGGGAGGAGACAGCAGCGAUUCAGAGGAGGACCAAGGAGUGGCGGCAGUAGAGGCUCGGAAGAGGGUGAAGCAGGAGGAGGGCGCGCAGGGAGGAAGGGAGCGGCAGAGGAAGGGGUUGGGACAAGAGGUGGCUGUUGAGGGGAAGGGAGAGAAGAUGGAAGGGAAGGAGAGGAGGGUGGUGAAACGGGAAAGUCCGCCCCACAACUUCUCCAAGCGCUCUCACUCGCCCACUGCACCGCUCUCACCCCCACCGCUCUCCACCGCUUCCUUUCCUCUCGCCCAUCCCUCUCUGCCGUCAUCAUCACUGGUUGCCCCCGACUCGCCCCUCUCGCCGCCUCCUUCCCACACCUCCUCUUCCUCACCCUCUCACCUGCACGCACACUUGUCCAAGCCCCCACGAGGAGCCCCACUGGCAGCAGCAGCAGCAGCGUCACUGGCCAGGGCAAUCGCAGCAGCCAAUGUGGAUGGGCGGUCGCAGAAGGGGGGUGCCCGAGCUUCUGGGGGGGGUGGAAGGGCAGCAGGAGGGGGAGUCUCACGUGGUGCUGCUGGCGCUGGUGCCGGUGCUGCCCGUGGUGCUGCUGGUGCUGCUGGUGCUGCUGCUGCUGCUGGUGUUGCUGCUGGUGGUGGUGGUGCUGGUGGCAAGAGGUUGGGUAGAGGAGCAGGGGGAGGGUUGGGGACUGGAGGGAGUAUGGCUCAUCUGCCUGUUGCUUCAUCGAAUGCAGGCAGUGGUCAGUCCAGUGCCGCUGCUGCUGCUGCCUCUGCUGAUUCCGGGGGGAGAAGCCAUGGGAAUGCAGGCAGGGUAGGCGCAGGAGGAGCAGGGGGGGCAGCGGGAGCAGGUGGGGCAAGGGGAGCAGGAGCAGGGGGAGCAGGAGGGUUGGGGGGCGGAGAGAGGGGUUGGGAGAGGAGGGGCGUGGAGAGACGGAGGGAGACAGAUGGGGAUGGGAAGUGGGGGAAGGACAGGCAAAGGGGGGGCAUGGAAGGGGCGGGUAAGGACAGAGGCAGGUCGGAUCUACAGCAAGAGAGGAAGAAGGGCGGCAUGCUGCCGCCCACUGGGGGGCGGCUGUCCCUCAAAUCCAGCUCAGGACAGGGCGCGCCAGGGGGAGGUAGACCUGGGGCAGGGCGGACUGGCGCAGGGGGAGGAGCCAGUGGGGGAGGAGGCUGGGGGGCGGGGGGGCAGGCGGGGGCAGGGGGGAGAGGGGGCGGAGGGGGAGGGGUGGGGGAGAGGAGGGAAGGGUUCAGGUCGCCGCCUGCAGAUGCAGCACCAGGCGCAGCAGUAGGAAGUGGGGCCGGUCGCAAGGGGCGACUCUCCUUGGAUCUGCCCACUCUGGAGAGGCGGUUGAAGGAGGGCGUGUACAGUGACGCUUCUGGCUCCGCUGCUGCCAUUGCCCGUGCCGCUGCUUCGACUGGAACCACUGCAGCAGGAGGAGGAGGAGGAGCAGGGGGGAGUGCAGGGGGUGCCUUGACAGCAGUGGGAGGAGCAGGGUUGGCUGGUGGUUCUGCAGUGGUAGGGAGUGCAGCGGCAGUGGCGGCGGCGGCGGUGGCAAUGGGUGUGAGGGUGAACGGGCUCGCUCGAUUCGAGAGUGACAUUCAGCUCAUGUGUCGCAGCGUGUUCACCAACGUGAAUGAGAAGUCCCCCAUGUAUCGGGCAGCGCGCCAACUCUUCGCUCUCAGCCGUUCCACCAUCGACGGCAUUAAGACCAGCUUUCUCACCGCCCUUGCGGCGACACAUAUGGCUUCCAGUGAUCGCCCUGCUUCUGCUUCUGCUGCUUCUGCUGCUGCUGGCAGCAGUUUUGGAGGUGCUGGUGGUGGUUUCAGUGGUGCGAGUGGGGUAGGGGCUGGGUCUCGAAUGGGAUCGGGUCCUGUGGUGGUGGUGAAUGUGGCUGAUGAGGAGAUGAGGAGACAUUGGGGGAACAGGAUGACAAGGGCCGCCAUGGUGCCGCCAGUGACUCGGCAGUACGAGGUGGUCGAGGAGUAUGUGAUUGUGGAGGAGGAGGAGGGCGUGCGGAGGAAGAUGCGCGUGGAGCUGCCCGCUGGAUUUGCUGAGAAGGCCCGGCAGGCGCAGGCCAUGGUUGAUGCUAACAGGUACAUACACCUGGAGCUGCCAGAGGUGAGGGAUUGGCGGCCGAGAAAGGCAGUGGGGCCGGAGGUGGGCGAGCAGGAGGUGUACGGCAUCGACCCCUACACACACAACCUGCUGCUGGACACGCUGCCUUUCAUGCCUCCUACUGAGACGGACGAGGAGAGGCACUCCUUUAUCGAGGAUCGCCUGCUGCCUGCCCUGAACCAGCUAGCAGCCUCGUUCAGAGGCAAGGUCCCCUUGGAGCUGGAUCUGAUGCCCGUGGUGGCGCUCAUGAAGAUUGAUGCGGACAAGAAGGGCGACCAUGCGCUGAGGGACCUGUGCAAGACGCUUUACUCCGCCAUGCGGGCACGGAGGAACAUGAAGAAACCCGACAAGUACCUGGCUUACAGAAAGGGUCUGGGCGUGGUGUGCAAGGCGCCUGAGGGCAUUCCCAAGGAGGAUUUCGUGGUGGAGUUCUUUGGGGAGGUGUACCCUCCGUGGCGGUGGCACGAGAAGCAGGACGGCAUUCGCAUGAUUCACAACAAGGAGGCUGUUUCUGAGUUUUACAACAUUCUGCUGGAACGGCCAAAGGGUGACGAGGCGGGGUACGAUGUGUUGGUGGUGGAUGCCAUGCAUCGAGCCAACUUUGCUUCUCGCCUCUGCCACUCCUGCAGCCCCAACUGCGAAGCCAAGGUGGUGGCAGUGGACGGGUCGUACAUGAUCGGGGUGUACGCCAUCCGCCACAUCUUGCCAGGGGAGGAACUCACAUUCGACUAUAACUCUGUCACUGAGAGCGUAGAAGAGUACAAGCAGGCCGUAUGCCUAUGCGGCCACCGCUACUGCAAGGGCAGCUACCUGCACCUGGGAGGAGGGCAGUCGUACACGCACGUGAUCAGCCAGCACCAUGCGGUGGUGCGGCGGCAUGCGCUGCUGCUGAUGGCGUCAACAGGGGGAGGCAUCACGGAGGCCGAGGAGAGUGCUUUGCGCCGGGCUGGCAUUGGCAGCAGCUUGCUCUCUGACCUCCCAGAUUGGGCCAUCCGCUACACUGCCCUGCUUAUGGAGUUCAUCGAGGAGGAGAAGUACCUACUACCGGAGCUGAUAGUAAAGGAGCGGUUGGGCGAGAGGGCAAAGCAGGGCAGGCACAGGCGUCCCUCUGAUGCCGCCGCCGCUGCUGCUGCUGCUGCUGCUGGUAGCGACUCUGCUGGUGCCAGGGCGGCUGUUGCUGCUGGUGGUGGUGGUGCUGCUGCUGCUGCUGAUGGCGCUGCUACUGGCGGUAAUGGUGCGGGUGCUGCUGUUACUGGUAACGAUGCUAAUGGUGGUGGCACUGAGAGGGAGCAGGGAAAAGGGGCGGAUGAAAAGGUAGGAGGAGGAGUGUGUAAAGUUGAGGAGGGAGAAGGAGGGGGAGUGGGAGGUGGAGGCGGAAGAGGGGGAAUAGGGGAGCUUGCUUCUGGUGCUGCUGGUGUGAAUGGUGGGAGGCGCGAUGGGAGUGGGGAUGGGAAGGAGGAGGAAGAUGAGGCAGAUGUGAAGGCAGCUGCAGCAGGAAUUGAGAGGAUGGAUAUGGCAGGGAGAGGCAGGGAAGCGGAUGGUGGUAGCGGCGGCGGUAGUGGUGGUUUUGCUGCUGCUGAUGCUGGUUGUAGGGCCAAUGGCAGUGCAAAAGGUGCCGUUGCUGGUUGUGACAUUCGUGCUGUGAAUGGUUUUCACAGCAAUUCAUUGAAGAAUGCUGGUCUUGCUGCUAGUGUGGUUGGGAACAGUGCUAGAGACGGCGCGAGCGGUGCAGAGGGGCAUGAUUGCAAUGAUGGCAACGAUGGUGAUGCCAAGGGUUGUGAUGGUAAGGGUUGUGAUGCCAAUGGGGCUGGCUCUAGUAACGGGGAUGGUGAUAAGGAGGAUACUGAGAGCUGGAGGAGUGUACCUAGAGGAGGUGCGGCUUUUGAGAAUUCUCAAAAGUCGCACCAAUGUACCAAGGAACACUACCUAGGCACGCUGCAGGACCUGGCGAUCACAAUGGGCCGCGUGCGCUACUGCCUCAAGUCACUCUAUAUGUCUGCCUUACUCUCGUCUCCCCUCUCCUGUUCCUUAUCCGCACCCUCAGGCCGAGGGCGUCUACCAAGGCACGCUGCAGAACCUGGCCUCAAGUCGCUCUCUCUGUUGCCUUCUGCUCCUCCUCCUUUCGCUUCUCCCCACCCUCAGGCUGAAGGAGUCUACCUAGGUCGCUUACAGAACCUAGCGAUCACAAUGGACCGUGUCCGCUACUGCCUCAAGUCGCUGUACGGAGAUCCCAAGGCCGGCCCGCCGCCCCUGCGCCUGGUGACGGGGCACAAGGUCGUGCGCAAGGUGUGGGGCGGCGAGGGCUCCGUGGUGGCCGUGCUGCUGCCUCUCUUGGCUGAAGGAGUGUACCUGGGGAGACUCCAAAACCUGGCAAUUACAAUGGACAGGGUGCGAUACUGCCUCAAGUCGCUGUACGGAGAUCCCAAGGCCGGCCCGCCGCCCCUGCGCCUGGUGACGGGGCACGAGCUCGUGCACAAGGUGUGGGGCGGCGAGGGCUCCGUGGUGGCCGUGCUGCUGCGCUGCAUCGCCCUGCACCUCGACCGCCCGGCGUUUGUGGCGUUCCGGCAGCGCGUGAGGGAGAGGACACCUAAACCCAAUGCUCACGCGCUCAAACGCAGCCUGUUGUGGCUGCGGGAUGAGCUACUUCAGCUGCCCGUGACUGCAGGCAGCCGAAACGACGCAGCGGCCGAUCUGAUCCAUCUAUACGCCUACACCACCAACGUAUUCGCCUUGCACGAGUACCCCCCUUUCGACUCCCCACCCAUGACCAUAGUCGCAUCUGACCUCGGCCGAAACAUCGCCUCGCCCUCUCCCUCCGUCCCACCGCCCUCCUCCUCCUCCUUCGCACAAUACCCGCAGCAAGACGAGUGGGAGUGGGUGAAGGAAUACGACAGCGAUUACAUUUAUGGGCAGCUGAUAUUUUGGUUCAAGCAGACGCUGGUGGAUCCGGGCAAGGCGUUGAGGGCGUUGAGAAGGGGGUGUCUUCUCUUGCCAGACCCAUCGUCUUGUUACUCCAAGAACCCGCUGCAAGCUCUGCCGAGGGCGUAUGGGCAGAGGGAGAGGAGGUCGCUGCUGCAUCGCAUGGUGAGCUCUGUCAGUGAUGAGUUAUGUUGA